GGCCUGGUUAGGCUUUUGGAAUCUUUCGCUGUCCUCACACAGGGGCGCCGCUGAGGCUAGGCCUUGGAGUCUGCGGAUUUUCCGCUUGCAUCUAUCCACAGACACAAAGGCCAGUCCUGGCCUGCACUGGAGAGCGCGCUUGCACCCACGACUGUGAGCACACACGCACAACUGCACAAAGGCGUGCUACCUCUGCACACAGGCAGGCAGGCAGGCAGGCAGGCAGGCAGACGGCAGACAGACAGACAGACAGACAGACAGACAGACAGACAGACACACACACACACACACACACACACACACACACACACACACACACACACACACACAAUCUCCUCCCCUCUCCCCGGACAGGCUCGCGCGCACAGCCGUGCACACGCACCAGCACUGGCACGCGCUUGCGUGCACGCGCUCUCGUAGACCAGCCGCGGCCGGCCACCCAGCCCUCACUCUCUGGGCGCGCACACGCAGAGCCGCGCACGGAGCCACACACGCGCGCUCACACCCGCACGCUCCACGCCCCUGGCGGCGGCCUGGGCGCUGUGCUGCUCGAGCGACGGGCGGGGACCCGGGCGGGGGCGGCGGCGGCGACAGCGGAGGAGGCGGAGCGGGGUAGCCGGGAGCGGGCUGGCCCGCGCUUCUCCUGGCGGCCGGGGAUUUUCCAGCCUGGACGCUGACGCCGUGGACCUCCCUGCGGCCGCCGCGGACCAUGGGCGACAAAGGGACACGAGUGUUCAAGAAGGCAAGCCCCAAUGGAAAGCUCACUGUCUACCUGGGAAAGCGGGACUUUGUGGACCACAUUGACCUCGUGGACCCCGUGGAUGGUGUGGUCCUGGUGGAUCCUGAAUAUCUCAAAGAAAGGCGAGUCUACGUGACACUGACCUGCGCCUUCCGGUAUGGGCGGGAAGACCUGGAUGUCUUGGGUCUGACUUUCCGCAAAGACCUGUUUGUGGCCAACGUACAGUCCUUCCCACCGGCCCCCGAGGACAAGAAGCCACUGACACGGCUACAGGAGCGGCUCAUCAAGAAGCUGGGCGAGCAUGCCUACCCCUUCACCUUUGAGAUCCCGCCAAACCUUCCAUGCUCCGUCACAUUGCAGCCUGGGCCUGAGGACACAGGGAAGGCCUGUGGUGUGGAUUACGAAGUCAAAGCCUUCUGUGCUGAGAACCUGGAGGAGAAGAUCCACAAAAGGAAUUCUGUGCGGCUAGUCAUCCGGAAGGUUCAGUAUGCCCCUGAGAGGCCUGGCCCUCAGCCCACGGCUGAGACCACCAGACAGUUCCUUAUGUCGGACAAGCCCCUGCACCUUGAGGCAUCUCUGGAUAAGGAGAUCUAUUACCAUGGAGAGCCCAUCAGUGUCAAUGUCCACGUCACCAACAACACCAACAAGACUGUGAAGAAGAUCAAGAUCUCGGUGCGCCAGUAUGCAGACAUCUGUCUCUUCAACACAGCUCAGUACAAGUGCCCAGUGGCCAUGGAGGAAGCUGAUGACAAUGUGGCACCCAGCUCAACAUUCUGCAAGGUCUACACACUGACUCCCUUCCUGGCCAACAACCGAGAGAAGCGGGGACUUGCUCUCGACGGGAAGCUCAAGCACGAAGACACAAAUCUGGCUUCCAGCACUCUGUUGCGGGAAGGUGCCAACCGUGAAAUCCUGGGCAUCAUCGUUUCCUACAAAGUCAAAGUGAAGCUGGUGGUGUCCAGAGGCGGCCUGUUGGGAGACCUUGCAUCCAGUGACGUGGCCGUGGAACUGCCUUUUACCUUAAUGCACCCCAAGCCUAAAGAGGAGCCCCCACAUCGGGAAGUUCCAGAGAGCGAGACUCCUGUAGACACCAAUCUCAUAGAGCUUGACACCAAUGAUGACGACAUUGUAUUUGAGGACUUUGCUCGACAGCGGCUGAAAGGCAUGAAGGAUGACAAGGACGAAGAGGAUGAUGGCACCGGCUCUCCGCACCUCAACAACAGAUAGACUGGGGCCAGCCUCACGUGGCAGCUCCAGGUUCACUCUCGCACUCGGAUGCUUUCUCGUCUCCUUCCCAUUCUGGUUCUUCCGUUUGUUCUUCCAGUUUCUACCAAGGGGCCCCAGUGGUCUUCCAAGUCUCGGUGAUGAGCCUCUGGUCUCAGAACUGGCCUCAAAUCACCACGCCAGCAGGACCACGUCCUCAGCCAUCUCUCUGCAAUCACUUGCCCACCCCCCUUUUCAUGCUCAUUCCCAGGAAGGCCACACUGCCUGGCCUUGGGAUUUGGCUUGAGAUGGGGAGCAGAAAGGGGAGGGUGGGGCCUGAAGGCACAAUGAUGAUGGGUGUGAAGAUGUGGAGGCGGUGGGCAAGAUGGCUUAAGACAUACAAGAAGAUGUCCAUAGUCCCAGUAGGUGACAGUUUUGGCAGCUAAAAGAUGACUGUAUUGAAGAUGGAAGAGGGCAGGACUGUGAAUAGAUUCUCAAUGCUUUUUUUUUUUUUUUUUUUUUUUUUUUUUUUUUUUUUUUUUUGUGGUCCAGGCCCACCAGAGACUCCUCCCCUUCUCCCUCAUCCUUGGUCCAUGUCCCUGUGUCUCAUGGGGAGGCACAUAGACCCCAGGAGUGAAGAGCAAUGUACUGAUUUUCUAACCAGAUGACACCUAGAUUGAGGCAGGCUGCAGAUCCAGCCAUACAUAUGUCACAAAGGAUAGGAUGAGACAUCAUAGCUUUGUUGCAUUUUUGUGUGUGGGCACAGAGAGGGGGAAGUGGGUGUUAACGAACACUAGUCCCUAGCAGUGAGCCAAAGCUACAAGGAUGUUUUCUGAGGGGAGUUUCAGAGAUGAGGCCAGGUAGGGGGGCAUCCAUCCUACUCUUUUGUAGUGGAUAGUCCUACGAGAAGCAAGGAUGGAGGGACACAGGCAGCUGGAGCCAUCAGCAUCUCCCAGCUUCCUCUACUGCUUCUCCAGUGACUAGCCCUGUAAGCUAGGAGAGAGAGAGAGAGAGAGGUGGCUGAGGCCACCAUUCCCACCAUUAAUGGAUCCCAUUCCCAGAAGGUGGCAUCCAUACAGAUGUACUCCCAGUAGGAAGGCAGCCCCUCUCCUAAAGGAGUUGGUCCUAUUAGUACCCAGAGUCAUGGGUACCUGGUUUCCAUCAGCUAGUGUUAGUAUGACUUGACUGGGGUCAAUCUCAGAGUAACAGGGCAGACAAGUGGUAAAACAGAAAGUGCUCAAAGAUAUCCUUGUUUGGUCUUCAAUGCUAGCUUGUUGUGUGACCUUGGGCCAGUUCCCUCCUUCCUCUCUUUGGGCCUCAGUUGGAAAGCCACGAGGUAGACCAGAUGAUUCCAAGAGUUUCUUGUUCAAGUUUCUGUAAGUUUGUGGCUCUAAAGAGCUUCUGAUCUUCCAGUUGGAGCUGGGGCUGCUAACUGCUCUCCAUCUGCCUUCAGAUGAGGUUCAUGGUACCUCAGAGGACCCAGGGCAGGGCAGAUCACUGAGCACACCUUCCUGCCUAGGCAGGGCUGCUAUUGGACCUAGUCAGCUUUUCUGAUGUCGAGUUGUGGCCAGAGCCUUUGUGAACUUCUCUACCCCAGAGCUUCUAUGUAAGGAGUCUUGCAUUAGAAGUAUGGGAACAACCUUGGGUUUAUCAAGUAUAUUGAUUAGUAGGACAAGAGGAUCUCAUCUCGAUUUCUGUUCCCUUUCUCUUAGUUCCAUAUUUGCCUGAGAAGGGAGACCACAGCUUUUGUUUGGUUUUGAGACAGCAUAUCAUGUAGUUUAGGCUAACCAUGAAUUCACUAUGUAGCUGAGAAUGACUUUGAAUUCCUGAUCCUCUUGUCUCAAGUGCUGGGAUUGCAGGCAUGCCUCUGCCAUUGCUGGUGGUAUGCUUUGUUGUACAGAUUCGAUCCCAGCCAUUCUUAAUCCAUCAAGCCCAGUGAUUGCUAUUAUUUCUCCUGGUUGAGUGGUCCAGGCCCACUGGCCCUGAACCUUCUAAAUCUCAUAAGCAGUCAACUCAAGGCACCUCUUCCCAGGUUAGAAUAGACCCUUUGGGGCAGCCACAUUGCCUGGCCAGCUUUGGGAUCUAACUGCAGGCUCCCCUGGCAUCUAGCUCCUGCCAGAGCUAGCUGGAUACUUUUGCACCUAGAGAAUUGAUUAGAAUCUUGAACAGUGUAAGGCAAACAUGUGCCCUCCGCUGGCUUCCAUUAAAACCUUUGGAGCUGAUACCAGACCCUUUAGCAUUUGGGCUAACCUCUCCUGUCCCUCAUCUUAAUCUGAUACAAGCAAAAAAGGUCUCCCAAUCUGGUUUCUCGAGCUACCUACACACUUCAGCAUCCCCAUUCAACCUCUGGGUUUAUCCCACAGAUCAACUAAAGUUUUUCUACCUGCAGGGAAGCAUCAGAGCCCAGGCUGGCUCUUUGUCUUUUCAGCCAGGUCUACCUGAGGGCAGUGAUCAAGUGGGAGUCUAGCCAAUCCAUCCUUUGAUGGCAGCUUUGUUCUUUUAUGCUGCAUACUACUAGGAUGGAUCUUACCUUAGAACCCCUGUCUAUAGAAACCUGGCCAGGAGAAAGCUAGAAGACAGCAAUGACAGUUCUGGCUACAGCUAGUCCACACAGUGCCUUGAUGUGAGUUUGAAUACAGUGUCCCUUCUAGGUGAAUUCAAACCUUGGAAAUGACACUGCAGGGGGCUGGAAUUUGGUGUCAUUUGUCCCUACUCCACAGUCGUAUGCUGCCAUACUGGGUGAGAUACACAGGCUCAUGUAUUUCUUUGGCUUCUUUUCUUGCCUCGGCCUCAUGUCUGCUGCAGACAUCAUGCCCCACCCUCAUCCCAUGACAUAACCCAGAGCUUCUCUAUAAGGCUCUUCUUUGUUCUGGAGUGUUCUGGCCAGGCAGUACCUGGGAGUGGAACUGGAGGCGGAGGAGCCUCAUGAGGUUCCAGCACCAUCGAGUGAGAUUGGGUUUUCUUGUGCUGACAGACUGGGCCUUGGGCCACCAAACAGCCCACAUUGGGACUUUCCAGUAGACCAAAGGGCACAUGAUAAUGCUAAUCUGGGCAAGAGGAGCAUGCUUUGGUAAAAGCUCAUCAGUUGAGGGUGACUGGACUUGCCCAGUACCCCAGCCAAGAGAAGACUGUCUCCUAGAAAGAUAAGAGUUGAGUUGCUUGGCUGGACCCCAUGGCCAUUUUAGCUUCAAAGUGCAACUGGCUUCCCCUGGAGGGUGGCUGACAACCUGAUUCCCAUAUGAUGCAGUGAAAGGGACCAAGUCUCAGUCCCUCCUAACUGGAACAAUAGCCUCUGUCUGCUUUAUUUGAGGGCUUGCUGUGGGUUUGAAGUGAGACGGGCGCCAGGAGCUAAUACUCUGUAGGCCAGCCGACUGAAUGGCUGUGAUCCAGUCACUGCAGGGAUGAGGCUUGAGGUCACACAGGAACCUUGUUGUGGAAUGAGCCCUCUGUUUGCCAGUCUCUGUCCCAGUGUCCCUGGUUACAUAUCAGUCAUAAUGAUAAUCAGCCUUUGUGGCUUUGAUGACCACAUGGGGGAAGAAGUAUAGGUGCUAUUGUCCUAGGAUGGGUCCCAGCAACCAGGACACAGAAGACAAAGAUGUUGUCAGUGAUUGGGGGGCAGGGAGGAGCAUUUGAGCCUGGACUCACUCAUCUCCCAGAAGCCCACAGAAGGCAAGAAACCUGGGCUCUGAUCUCAGGUCAAGGAGCUGCCUCAGUAUUGUGACCAUCCAAGAAAUCCAAGGGUGAGAGGAAAUAGCUGUUGCCCCUUCUAAGUACAAGGUCCCAUCCUGGGUCAAGAGAACCACCACAGCUCCUUGGAGACCUUUGGGAAUGUCGAGACCUCUUGCUCUGAGAGCUGAACCCUAGCUGAUCCACUCAGAAGCUUCCAUGUCCGGGGCAGCUCUUUCCCACCAAUGGCUAAGGCCUCUCUGUGUGGCUCCCGGCCCUCCAUGAAGGGCUGGCCUCCAAUCUUUAACUCCCAGGACACAAACCUGUGUCUGUUCUGAUAUUUAUUCUUUUUAAACUUAAGGACCAAAUGAGACUUCUCUGAUUUUUAUCCACACAGCCUGUCUUGGGCCUGGUCCAGGCAGCUCCCUAACUUCUGCCCUGCUCCUGCCCUGGGCCUGAAGCAGCCUACUGAUGGGGGUAGAUCCACACCUGCCACCCCAAUCCAUGCACACUAGCAUAACAUCUCCCUCAUUAUCACCAACUUGUUACCCCCAAAGGGAGGUCAAAGUUGAAGCACAGGUCCCUGAGACCCACUGUCUGCAGACCAGGUACACUUCUCAGUGCUCCACACAGCCUCCCUGGGGGCUGCCGCCAGGGGAAACUGAGGAAAUGGGGGAGGAGGGCGAGCCUCCAGCCCUCCCCUCAUCCCUACUUUCUCCAGAGUAACUGCUUUUAACUCUCUUGUCUAUUGAGGUUUCACUUUUAAACUCUUUGAAGAAUAACUUCAAACCACCAUUUUGUGGUUUGAUCUUAGACCAGCAAGCACAGGUUCAUUCUCUCUUGGUUUUUGUGUGUUGGGGUGACCCCAGCAUCCUGACACAGAGAUACUUGAUGGGACUCAGCUCAUCCAGUCCAAGCAUUAGAACACACAUAUACUGGCUUUCUAAUUGACCUGCCCUGUACCUUGGGAAUGAGUUUGAUGUGGGCUGGGCCUGCUGCUCGGUGAAGGUAGUAGGGGCUUAGUGCUGAUAGCUCGUGGGGGCCGUGGAGUGAGGAGCCAGGCCCAAUGUCUUAGGGCAAAGGGGACUCAGGGCUGGCUCCCUUAUGCACGGCCAAGGGGUGGGGAGCCUGGGUCAUGUACGAGAUGCACCACCAGGGAGGACUUUUUUAUGAGGCAGGAUUCCUCAGAGACAUUUUAAGCAAGUCUUUCUCUAGUGAGUCUCCUAGGAUUCCACUCCUACACCUGUAGAAGCCCAUGUGCACAACAGCAGGCUUUUGUGCCCAAAGAGAGGCUGGUCCCCCUUCUGCAGUCCACCAGCUUCUCUCUCUGCUGGCCUGCAGGGUCAAGGGAAUUCACUUGCAGGACAGCUCACUGGUAAGACUUGGGCUAGCCUUUGGCAAAAAGUCCUGCCUGGACUCACCUCCUAGGGCAUUCUAGGUGAGGAACUGAAGCUCAGGGCAUUAUUAACCACAUGGCAUGGGGGGAAAGAAUGCCAACUGAUGUUUUAUUCAGUCCAAGUGUGGCUUAGGCGACCCCCUUGACCUCAGGUUCCCCAAGUGUAAAGGGCAAGUACCAGGCUCUGCCCACCCACCCCACAGGGACUACUGAAAAGGGAUAUGAGGGUGGUGUGUAAGAAGAGAGGCCAGAUGAAGCAGCAGCCUACGUGAGGGAUAGUGUCUUGGCUUGGGUUGCUGACCCACGUAGCCCACAACAAAAUGACAGUGCAGGAUAUCCUGUCUUCUGAGGGUAUCUCUGCUCAGUGUCAGGUCCAGUCACAGCUGCUGCGGGCCUGCCUUUUCCGACUGGUAGGAGUUGAUGUGUGUCCUGGGUAUGGUGUUGAGGGGUGGCUGGGGCGGCCUCAGGCCUGUGACCCUCUGUGAAGUGAUGAUUUGUGUGGCACAUUCAUUCCUGGAUCACAUCCAGGUCAACCUGUCGUACCUGUGGCUGCCCUUGUCCCGUGAAGUCAUUAUAGUUUAUUCAGCUGUAACAGGACAAAUGAGCAAAAGAACCUUGAACGAGAGGCCAUUAAAGGCCUUUUGUGAUGGAGGA